AUGUGUAUCAGUAGGACAGCGCUCUUCAAGGCACAUGUAGAGCGCACAUGUAGCGUGGCUUUACUGAACACAUACCACGGUCGAAUAAGCGUAUCAAACUCCCCUCAGCCCGAGAUCCCCGCCAAUGAAAAUGCACAACAGCGUGAAGGAGAGAGAGGGAGAGAAAGGACUUCGCGGGAUUCAAAGAGUGAGCCAAAUCCCACACAAACAGACACAACACAAGUUGGAGCGAAGGGAAAGGCGGUCACAUUUCCUACUCACCUGCAAACGUGAUUGAUGUGGGUGUUUGUAUCAGUGGGUGUGUAUGUCAUGCCAGACACACGGAUAUGCUGACUGUACGUUCUUGGAAUUUAGGAGAAUCGUUUAAUCUUCGCUCGUGCAACAUCACACGCGCUCGAACUGAGGCGCAGUAUUGAGAGCGCAGAAGGCACCCAGGUAUCUUUAGGGAGAGCGGCCAGUCCAACACACCUCUACCAGAGCACAAGUGAACACAGCGAGAAGACAGACACACACCAGCCCCGAGUUUACUGGGACAAAACUUUAUUCUGCUCGGACACAUUUCGAUCUCUGCUGACAUUUUGCGCUUCAUGGAGCAGGUGUUUUACGCAAAGUUUUUUCUUGUUUUAUGCACCUGUCUUCAUAAGACUUUUGCUCCAGAUUAUUAAUACUGAGAGACACGCAUCUUCAAGUCUUUUUAAAGUCAUCAACUUCAAGACAAGAGCGAUGGAUAACAGCCCCGGCGGCGCUGGUGGAGGGGUGAUCCUAUACGCGGGCUCCUCAGGCAGUGCGAGCCCCAGUCCAGGCAGCCCAUCCAGUGGGUACCAGACACAGUCUCCUUCCUCACACUCUCAGCCCUCAUCUCCAGAGGAGGUUACCUUCACAGAGAUUGGGGCGCUGAAACAGAGGACAGCUGGAUGCAACACCUCAUCCUCUAAACUGGUGUUCCAGUUCCCUGAAGUGUACAGCAGCCCCUCAGUAUCAGCAGCAUCCACUCCUCAGCACACCUAUGCACACCCCAUCGCUGGAAAGAGGCCAUGUGGGUUCCCAGGAACAUUCACAAAGACAGGUGGAAUGGUGUUGCUCUGCAAAGUCUGUGGGGACGUUGCAUCUGGUUUCCACUACGGAGUCCAUGCAUGUGAAGGCUGCAAGGGGUUUUUCCGUCGCAGCAUCCAGCAGAACAUCAACUACAAAAUGUGUGUGAAGAAUGAAAACUGUCUGAUCAUGCGCAUGAACCGAAACCGGUGCCAGCACUGCCGCUUCAAGAAAUGCCUCUCCGUAGGCAUGUCAAGAGAUGCUGUGCGCUUUGGCCGCAUCCCUAAGAGAGAGAAGCAGCGACUUCUGGAUGAGAUGCAGAGCUAUAUGAACAGCCUAAAUGAGUCCGCUGUCAUAGACAUGGACUCGUCUGCAGUGAGGGACACUCCCUCCAGCCCAGAUGAAGGCAAUGCAAAAGAGGCCAUCGGGGCCAUCUCACGAGCUUACCGUGACAUCUUUACCAGCAGCAAUAACAGCUGCCAGGAGAGAUCAACCAAGAGGGCCAACCACACCAACAACAACACACACACCUUUUCUCAGGAUGCCAGUUUCCCCCAAGUCUCCUCCACUCAGAGCUAUCAGUCUUGUCCUGUUGCCCCUGCCAGUGUGGGCCCUGUUGCUCCUAAUGACAACCAGCCUGCAUUCCACAAUGUGGACAACAACCGCUAUACCUACUUACUGUCUACAAAUCAAAAUCAUGACCAGUCUAAUGGUACUGCACUUCACAGAGGCGGAUCUGUCAAUCAUAACAACUUUUGCAAUGCAGGAAGCACAAAUCAGCCCUCCUGCCCAUGGAAACUAGCUCAAGGUGCUAAAGUCCUGGCUUGUCCUCUCAAUGCAUGCCCUGUAUCAGGGGCAGAGCGCUCAAGUCAGGAGAUUUGGGAAUCUUUCUCUAACUGUUUCACUCCUGCGGUGAAGGAAGUGGUGGAGUUUGCCAAGGGUAUUCCAGGAUUCCAAGAACUUAGCCAGCAAGACCAGGUCAUGCUGCUCAAAUCAGGCACCUUCCAGGUUCUGAUGGUGAGGUUUUGCACCUUGUUUAAUGCAGAAGAGCGUACAGUGACAUUCCUCAAUGGCCAAACUUACCCCUUAUCCACUCUGCGAGCCUUGGGCAUGGGCUCCCUGUUGGAUGCCAUGUUUGAGUUCAGUGAGAAGUUGGGUUCCUUGGGCCUGGAGCCAGAUGAAAUGGCUCUCUUCAUGGCUGUAGUGCUGGUCUCUGCAGACCGCUCUGGCAUCUCAGACAUGUGGGCUGUGGAGCAGCUCCAGGAGGGUUUGAUCCGAGCCCUACGGUCACUGAUCACUCGUCGCCGUCCAGAUGACACAGCUCUGUUUCCAAAACUCCUCCUGCGUCUGCCAGACCUACGCACCCUCAACAAUCUACACUCUGGACAAACUGUUGGCCUUUCGCAUCGACCCCCUAAACAGGCCACUGGUCCAGAGAGCACCCAGGCUAUAUAGUUUUACACAAAAUAUAUACCACACACACAAACACAUGCAGAUGUUAUCUUCCAAGGGUAGGACUUCCUAAAGAAUUGAGAAAACAGGAGUUGUGUAAGGAGUAUUUUUAAAAUAAAUGGGGGGCAGUGAACAUACUAUAUGUCACUAUAGAGACUAAUGCAAUGUUUUGGUUCAAGUAAACAUACACAUAAAAACACAUAACCUCAACACCUCUUGAGUGAUAUUUUUUCCAGUAAAAUAAAAUAAAUCAUUGUGUAGAGCUGCUAUUACUAUCCUUUUGGGCUACUCAUUUGUGCACCUGCUCAUUAUAUCCAAUGUACUUAAGACCAAAAGCCAGUUCACUUCUGUUUAUUCCUUAAGUCAUAAAGUAUCAACAGGCUAUCACUAAGCAGCAGCUAAAGGUGGAUAUCGUAGAUCCAAACAGUUAAAUAUUUAGGGACCAUAGUGAUGACUGACUGUGUCAGUUUGUGUUUAAGACAAAGGGAACCUGUAUAUAAUUCUUCAUAGCAAAACCUGAAAUAUUAGGUAAUUGUGUAUCACCGUUUCACAAACAUCUACAAUAGUACUGAAAUGACAGCACUAUUUUAACAUGUCACUGGAACACAAGACGAUGCAUUCUAUCUCUAAAUAUUUUUUGACAAAUGGUCUGGAGAGCAUUUGACACACCUUGGACAUAAAUAUGCCAACUUCAUUAGUCAAUGACAUUCUGUAUUAUUUCACAACAUUGUGUCUGAAUCACUAUAUCUUAUCAGUCUGGACUGCUGGACACACUCCAUGCAUGUUGCAUUUUGUAGUUUUGUUUUUGUUGUUGUAAAUAUUAUGUAAUCCAAAUAUUUCUGUAAAUCAAUGACUGAAAUGAUGUGAUGGAUCGGACAGAUGAGUUCGGUGUUAAGAGGAAUGUAUUGACCUUCCUGUACUAGAUGGGGGUUUGGCCGUGGCAUGAGGGCUUUGCAAGGGAGCACAGACUACAGGGAUUCUCCAAUGACUUAGACAACACUUCCUGCUACCAGAUAACUUAACCAACCAGCAUAAUCCCUGAAAUCACCAGCACUCACUCCACAUGCACCCCUCCUCUGCCCCCAAUGUUUGUCAUACAAACACAAGACAUAUUUUUGGGUGAGAGAUUUUAUUUGAUUGGUCUUCUCACUGGUUGCUCGUUUGAUUAUGGCUGAUUGAGCACAUCUUGUACAUUUUGUAAAUCUUUCUUCCAAAAUAGAAAUGAUAUAAUGACAUAAAGUUCAAAUUAUGUAUUAA